AUGAACCUGGAUCUGUCAUGUCAACUCUCUUUGCUCCUUCUGCUUAUUGUACAGUUAACAGGUGUGUAUGGAAAAAGAAUCAUUGGUGGUUUCGAGGUAUCCCCCUACUCCAUCAAAUAUCAGGCCUCCCUCCUUUUCAGAAACUUCCACGUCUGCGGAGGCACCCUCAUCAACCCACUGUGGGUGGUGUCUGCUGCCCACUGCUGGAGACCAGCUCACCUGCUCAAAGUGGUCCUGGGUCAGCACAACCUUAAAGAGGCAGCAGGCUUUGAGCAGGAGUUUGGUGUCUCCAUAGUCAUCAGACACAGCCAGUAUAAUCCCUGGACAUUUAACAAUGACAUCAUGCUGCUGAAGUUAGACCGUCCAGCUGUCAUCAACUCCUUGGUGGAGCCGAUUUCUCUGCCUGAUCCAAACUCACAGCCUUUGUACAGCAGCCGCCUGUGCACGGUGAGCGGCUGGGGUGUGACGUGGCUGAACAGCUACAAACUGUCACCUGUGCUCAGGUCUGUUGAUGUGGAUAUCUUCCCUGACUGCUGGCGCUACUACUACUUCCGAAUCACAAACAACAUGGUGUGUGCCGGCUCAGUCAAUGGAGGGAAAGACUCCUGUCAGGGGGACUCAGGAGGACCUCUUGUCUGUGGCGGUAAGUUUGAAGGUAUUGUGUCCUGGGGUUUUGGCUGCGCCAUCGCUCACUACCCUGGGGUCUACACCAAAGUCAGAAACUACCUGGGCUGGAUCAACGGAAUCAUCCAGAGCAAAUAAAAAGACCCUUAAUGACCCUCUCACUUUGCUGACGGACUCAAAAGACUUAAAUUACUUUUUAUGUUUUCUUUUUGAUCAAGUUCU